GAGAGCCUGCGGCGAGCUCCCAUGGCGAGCCCGUCGUCGCCGCGCCUCCUCUCCACCCUCCUCGCCGACCGCAUCGGCGCCCUCUCCGCCAGGCCGCUCCUCCGCACCGGAUCCCCAGCUAGAGGGCACAGGCGGGUGACGUGCCAGGCCACGAGAACGCUCUCCAACUUGGUGGAUGCCCUCUUCAAUCGGAGAAGUCGGGAUGACUCACUGGAAAAUAACCCUAGACGCCUACGACCUGGGAAAGUGUCUCCUCGUCUAAGCAUUCCCAAUCAUAUACAGCGUCCUCCAUAUCUCAAUUCCGGUCAAAGACCUCACAUGAACAAUGGACCUGAAAUACAUGAUGAAAAAGGGAUUGAAUGCAUGAGGGCUUCUGGAAAGCUGGCUGCACAAGUUUUGAAGUUUGCCGGGACACUUGUAAAACCAGGCAUCACAACUGAUGAGAUAGAUAAAGCGGUGCACAAAAUGAUAAUAGAUAAUGGAGCAUACCCAUCACCUCUUGGGUAUUGUGGAUUUCCAAAGAGUGUCUGCACUUCAGUGAAUGAAUGCAUCUGUCAUGGGAUACCAGAUUCUCGUCCACUUGAGGAUGGCGAUAUCAUCAACAUCGAUGUUACUGUCUAUCUCAAUGGUUACCAUGGUGAUACAUCUGCUACAUUUCUCUGUGGGGAGGUUGAUGAUGAAGCAAAGAAAUUAGUUCAGGUAACAAAAGAAUCCCUUGACAAGGCUAUAUCAAUCUGUGCUCCUGGGGUGGAGAUCAACCGCAUUGGUAGAACCAUACAGGACCAUGCAGACAAGUUCAAGUACGGUGUAGUUCAGCAGUUUGUCGGCCAUGGUGUAGGAAAGGUGUUUCAUGCUGAGCCUGCGGUGCUUCAUUACCGAAACAAUGAAAGGGGCCGCAUGAUUUUGAACCAAACAUUUACCAUAGAGCCGAUGUUAACCAUAGGCAGCACAAACGCUACCAUAUGGUCCGACGACUGGACUGCGGUGACAGAAGACGGGAGCUUGUCAGCGCAGUUUGAGCACACAUUACUGAUCACGGAAGAUGGCGUGGAAAUACUGACACAAUGCUAAGCCUGGCUGAAGAGGGAAAAAUGGCAAUGAACCUGGCUGGCUCGACGAACCGAUCCUGCAUUUUUUUUUCUGGGGCUAGUUUUGCUUCCAUCAAAUUCUAUUGGAAAGCUACAUUUAGUUUAUAUGCAAACAUACAUUCUUUAUCUAGAUAAGUCAGUAGGUUCAUGUAAAGAACUAGAGUGUUAUAAGAAGUUGAGCCUCGCUGCUGGGAUUACAGCGCAAACAGAUCAAGAUCAGCCUCGUGGCUGUUGCAAGCAGGCCUGAUAAUUCUGAUUGA